GUGAGUAUUCGUAAGAGUAUGUAAUGCCGCGAAGUUGUCUUAGAAUAUGUCCCCUGAUAACCAGGCUCCGCCGGCUGGAGCCACGCCGUUAUUCAGCCUUGGGAGUUGGAGUCCGCCUGGGGCAGGGAUAGUAUCACAGCAAAAUCAGCCUUGCGCCUAGAGAGGCAUUGGAGAGAGGCACUGCCACCCUCGAAGGAUAUAUACUCCUUUUGCGUAUCCAUUGCUCCAGCGUCGAAUGGAGACGCCAUCAACUCUUUUUCAAUAGCCACCGAUCAUGAUCAUUCCCCUCGAGGCACGAACCAUUGGCACCGACCCCAAUGCUACCAACCCAAACAUAAGCUCCGGGACGCUCAUUAUCAUCCUCCUUUGCACGGUUGGAGUGCUGUUCUUGUUCAGCUGUUGCGGCGUUUGCAUUCGGCGACGAAACCUCGAGCGCACACGCCAGGAAUAUCAACCGACACCAGUAGUGCUCGAAGACGUCGAACGGCGCAGGACACAUCACCUCCUCCACUCUGACGGCCCCUUGGGGUGGAACUUUCAGCGAUUCCGAUCUGGGCCGGUAAAGCCACCUGCACGACCUCCUCAAGCACAUAUCGCUCCUAGUGACGAGCCGUCGCCGCCGCCUCCGCCUCCUGCUUACCAACUUUGACGGGUUUCAUCGCACAGGGGCUUGUGAUUGAAAGGCAGCAGCAUGAUAUACGUCAGACAACUCGGGAUGAGGGAGGCACUGACACAGAAUGGAAGAGCUUCAGAGGUCAAUUUGAGAGAAUGAGGAAGUGCCGUUGAGGGGAACUCGAUCAUGUACCUACUACUUCUUCCUUCAUAUUUAUCGUCCGG